AUGGCUGACGUUCCCCCGCCCUCCCCAUCCGAACUUUUGAGGAUGGUGACCGAGCUUCAACAAGCAAACCAAAGAAUGGCGGAGGACAACCAGAGAAUGCAAAACCAAAUUGCACAGUUAGUACAAGCCCGCUUGGAACACAAUGAUAACAAUCACGAGAAUAAUGAACGAACCCAUGUUUCCGAGACACCACAAACCAACAAUGAAGGAGAUCAUCACGAUGAAGAGGGCCAGCCGGAAAAUGAGGACGAACGACCUGAUAACUCAACGGGGCCAUUCACGGCAGACAUAAUGAAUUUCCAACUUCCUAGACAAUUCACCCUCCCGUCAACCUUAACCCCAUAUGAUGGGUUGGGCGAUCCAAAGCAGCAUGUCAAGAAAUUCCGAUCUAUCAUGAUCGUUAACGGUGCAUCUGAUCCAAUUCUUUGUCGAUGUUUUCCAUCUUUUUUAGACGGACCUGCACUUGACUGGUUUUGUUCUUUGCCUGCAGAUUCGAUAUCUCGCUUUCAGGAGUUAGCUGCCCAAUUCGAAGAUCAUUUCGCAGCAUCCGCAAUAUACCUCCAUGACUCUGACUAUUUGACGACUAUUAAACAGGGACCACAAGAAAGCUUGAAGGACUACAUUACCCGGUUUACUAAGAUAGCCAUGAGGAUCCCAGAUCUCCACCCAGAAGUCCAUCUCCACGCCAUUAAAAGCGGCCUUCGUCCCGGAAAAUUUCAAGAAACUAUCGCUGUAACAAAGCCCAAAACUUUGGCCGAGUUUCGUGAAAAGGCCAAAGGUCAAAUCGACGUUGAAGAACUCAGGCUGGCGAGGAGAUCAGAAAAAUCGGCCACAAAUAAGGAGGAUGAUAAGAACAGAGACAGUAAAAAACCAUUCACGCCGGUCCCACGCUAUGACUCCUACACUCAGUUCAACACAAAAAGAGAUGAUAUUAUCAAGGAGAUUCUCAACUCCAAGUUAAUAAAACCUCCUCGCAAAGCAGGCAAUUACCCAGAGCCAAAAGGACUUGACAGAUCCAAGUAUUGCACUUUUCAUCAAAAGCACGGACACACGACUGAUGAGUGCAUCAUUGCCAAAGAUCUCCUCGAGCGACUAGCAAGGCAAGGCCACCUGGACAAAUUUAUUUCAGGGCAUAUUCAGAAGAACAUCACUCCUGCCCCGGACACGUCGACCGCAACCACCUCCGCUAAAGGGAAAGAAAAGGCACCAUCCCAACCAAGAGGUAUAAUAAAUUGCAUUUCAGGGGGCUACGCAGGAGGCGGCCACACAAGCUCGGCCCGAAAGCGCACGUACCGAGCUAUGUUGACAGUCGCAGACGGAAUAAACGAUUCCCAGCCGUUGAUAAAUGUCCCAGAGGUGACUUUUCGACCAGCCGACUUUAACGGUGUCGGCAGCAACCUCGAUGAUCCAGUCGUAAUCUCCAUCCAGCUAGGAGACCUCAUAGUAAAGAAAGUCUUACUCGAUCCAGGAAGCAGUGCGGACGUCUUAUUCCAUACAACCUUCGAAAAGAUGAAGCUGAGCAAUAAUAUACUACAACCAUACUUCGGAGACCUGGUCGGAUUUUCAGGAGAACGAGUUCCAGUACUGGGAUCAGUGUGGUUACAAACCACACUCGGUGAGCAACCAUUACAUAAGACACAAGAUAUCCAAUAUCUCGUGGUCGAUUGUUUUAGCCCUUAUAAUAUCAUUCUGGGUAGACCUUUUUUAAAUAAGUUUGCUGCAAUCGUAUCUACUAUUCACCUUUGUGUCAAGUUUCCUGUGCAGGACAAUCUCAUAGGUACAAUUCACGACGACAUCCAGGAAGCCCGACAAUGUUACAAUAUGAGCUUAAAACUGCCCAAAAAGCUCGGACGACAACAAGUCAAUUCCAUAAAUUCCGAGCCGAUAACAUCAGCCGAGUUAGACCCCCGAGCCGACUUCGAGGAUCGGCCUAUGCCAAACGAAGACUUGACGAAGAUAACAUUAGGCAAUGAUCCGAUGAAGUUCACCUUUGUCGGCACUUCCCUCAGUCCAGAAGACAAGGAGAACCUUGAAAAUUUCCUCCGAGAAAAUUUCGAUCUAUUUGCAUGGACCUCUGCCGACAUGCCAGGAAUAGAUCCGUCGGUUAUAACACACAAAUUAGCAUUAAGCCCAGCAGCCCGACCAAUCUCCCAGAAAAAAAGAAACCUCGGCACCGAAAAGAGAGAAGCAUCAAUAAACGAGGUAAAGAAGCUAAUAGAUGCCAAUUUCAUCAGGGAAAUCAGAUUCACAACAUGGCUGGCCAAUGUGGUUAUGGUAAGAAAAAAUAAUGGUAAGUGGCGCAUGUGCGUCGACUUUACUGAUUUAAACAAAGCGUGUCCCAAGGACGCUUACCCUUUACCCUGUAUUGAUACUCUGGUUGAUAACUCUUGUGGUUACGGCACCUUAAGUUUCAUGGAUGCAUAUUCUGGUUAUAACCAGAUUCUCAUGCACCCAACAGAUCAAGAAAAAACGGCUUUCAUAACCGAGAAUGGUAAUUACUGCUAUAACGUCAUGCCUUUUGGUUUAAAGAAUGCAGGGGCGACAUAUCAACGGUUAAUGAACAAGAUCUUCGAACAGCAGAUAGGGCGGAACAUAGAGGUUUACGUUGACGACAUGGUCGCCAAAACCAAACCCGGAGACUCUCACAUUCGGGACCUGGCCGAAAUCUUCGGCCAAAUACGGCGAUAUAAAAUGAGGUUAAAUCCAGAGAAGUGCGCCUUCGGAGUCCGAGGAGGGAAAUUCCUCGGAUUCAUCCUCACAAGCCGAGGAAUUGAAGCAAAUCCAGAAAAGUGUCGCGCAAUACUCGACAUGCACACCCCAUCCACAAUCAAGGAAGUUCAGAGGCUAACAGGACGAUUAGCCGCUCUUUCUAGAUUUUUACCAUGUUUGGCCCCUAAAUCUUCGAAAUUUUUUCAGUGUUUAAAAAAGAACGCAAAACAUUUUGAAUGGAAUCAAGAGUGUGAAAUAGCUUUCAAAAAUAUAAAAGAAUUCCUUUCAAAACCCCCUAUACUGCAAAAACCAAAGUAUGGUGAACCGUUGUAUAUAUAUUUGUCUAUUACUGAUUUUGCCAUUAGCUCUGCUCUUGUAACAGAAACAGAUAAGAAGCAACAGCCAGUCUACUUUGUGAGCAAGACCUUGCAGAAACCAUAUUUUCAAAGCCACACGAUCAUUGUCCGAACUGAACAGCCUCUACGACAAGUUCUGUCAAAGCCCGAGCUGGCAGGAAGAUUAAUCAAAUGGGCUAUUGAGUUGUCAGAAUUUGACAUUCAAUACCAGCCGAGAGGGUCGAUCAAGUCCCAACACCUCGUCGACUUCGUCGCCGAGCUUACCGAACCAAGCUCCGACGUGCCAAGUUCAGGAUGGACCUUGUUUGUAGACGGAGCUUCCAACCCUCAUGGUGCUGGUGCCGGAAUACUACUCGAGAGCUCGGAUGGCAUAGUUCUCGAGCAUUCCCUCAGAUUCUCAUUCAAGGCCAGCAAUAACCAAUCUGAAUACGAGGCCCUCAUAGCAGGGCUCAGGUUAGCCAGCGACUUACAUAUCACAGAUUUAAAGGUUUAUUGCGAUUCAUUGUUAGUAGUUCAACAAGUAAACCACAGUUUUCAAACAAAGGACCCGAUUUUAUUGCAAUACUUAGAUAUUGUCCAACAACUGCUGAAAAAUUUUUCAAAAAUAAACGUUACUCACAUACCUAGAGAGCAGAACCAUAGGGCAGAUAUUCUGUCAAAAUUAGCAACUACACAAGCGCACACCGCCACUCUAUUACAGUCAACCCUAGAUAAGCCGAGCAUUGAUGUAUUUACUGUUUUUAACACAACUAAUAAUGACAAUUGGCAAUAUCCUUACAUCCAAUAUCUUCGUUCUGGUCUCAUCCCAGAAGAGAUCCAAAAUAAAAAUAAGUUCCGAAGGCAAGCCUCCUAUUAUACAUUAUUAAAUGACAAUCUUUAUAGGCGGGGAUUCUCUCGACCUUUGUUAAAAUGUUUGAACAGGGCAGACGCCGACCUUGUGCUGUCCGAAGCCCACGAGGGCAUUUGCGGAAUACAUUCUGGGGCACGAAGCCUCUCACAGAAAAUCCUUCGAGCAGGUUUUUACUGGCCGACGAUCCAGGAGGAUAGCAAACACAAAGUACGAACUUGUGAAAAUUGCCAGAAGCAUGCACCGAUCAUUCACCUGCCAGCAGAGCAUUUUCAUAGUUCGACGAUAAGCUGGCCAUUUGACAAAUGGGGAAUUGACAUUCUAGGACCAUUCCCAACUGCUCCAAGACAGGUAAAAUAUCUGGUAGUCGCAAUUGAUUAUUUUUCCAAAUGGAUAGAAGCACAACCUUUGGCUAGAAUAACAUCCGAACAAAUGAUAAACUUCGUUUGGAAAAGCAUAAUCUGCAGAUUUGGUAUACCUAAUCACAUUAUAACUGACAAUGGUCGACAGUUUAUAGACCAAAGUUUUAAGAAUUUUUUGCAAAACCUGAAAAUCAAACAACACUUCUCCUCUGUUGAACAUCCGCAAUCCAACGGGUUAGCAGAAGCCGCCAAUAAGGUCAUCCUCCAGGCCCUACGCAAAAAGCUCGAGACUGCAAAAGGCCUAUGGGCCGAACUAAUCCCAGAAAUAUUAUGGGCAUAUAAUACUACAGCUCACUCGACAACAAAGGAAACCCCAUUCCGUUUGGUAUAUGGGUCCGAAGCCAUGAUCCCCAUAGAAGUAUCACUAGGCUCAAUGCGGACAUUAGCAGAAGAACAUAAUCAUGCUAGACGAGCCGAGCUUGACUUAAUUGAAGAGGUCCAAGAAGCAGCAGCAGUCAGACACCGAGCAUUACAGCAACAACUUAGCCGACGACAUGGACAGAAAGUGCACCAAAGAUCCUUCAAUAAGCACGAUUUAGUUCUCAGAAAGACCGAGCAAGCUCGCCGACCUUCCUCCCAUGGGAAACUCGCGGCAACAUGGGAUGGCCCAUACAGAAUACAUGAAGUCCUCGGGAGAGGAGCAUACAAGUUGGAAGAAUUAGAUGGCACAAUACUCCCCAACACAUGGAACAUUGGUUCCCUGAAACGAUAUUACAGUUAA